GCUGCUUCAUCAUAGAUCAUGUGGAAUCUGCCUGAUACAAGAACAAAAGAUCUAUCUGUCUCAGCUAAUCUUGGGAUGUCAAACUGGGCAGAUUAUAUCAAAGCAGUGCUGAAGGACAAGCUGACAGAGGAUGCAGCUUUGGUUGGUUUUUACAACAAAGCAGUGUUGGCCUCCAAGCCAGGAGGCUUCAUGGCAGCCAUCUCCCCCCCAGAGCUGGAGGCCCUGAUGGGCAGAGAUCGAAGGAAUCUGCUGGAGACGGGAGCUACCGUCGGUGGACGGAGGGUCCUGGUCAUCCGAGAUGGCAUGAUGGGCAGCGAGACGGAACUUCGUUUUGCGGACCUUCGAACGAAAGGCGCUGAUGGGAUGGCCAUCACAGUGGUGAAGACGCACAAGAUUAUGGUGUUCCUGAUGGGGAAGCGGGGGGUGCCUGCUGGAUUCAUACACAAGAAGGCCUGUGCUAUUGCAUCCUAUCUAAAGGACAACGGGGUAUGA